CCACUCUCACUGUUUUAAGCUCUCUCUCUCUCAAAAACCAACUUGACCAUAUCCAGAUCGAUUCGCUUUUCUUCAUCGGAAUCCAUGGCCAAAGAACCAGUUCGCGUUCUCGUUACCGGAGCCGCAGGUCAAAUCGGAUAUGCUCUUGUACCUAUGAUCGCAAGGGGAGUGAUGCUCGGAGCCGACCAGCCCGUGAUCCUUCACCUUCUUGAUAUCGAAUUCGCUGCUGAGGCAUUGAAAGGUGUCAAGAUGGAGUUGAUCGAUGCUGCCUUCCCGCUCCUUAAAGGUGUUGUUGCUACAACUGAUGUUGUGGAGGCAUGCACCGGAGUUAACAUCGCAGUCAUGGUUGGUGGCUUCCCAAGGAAGGAGGGCAUGGAAAGGAAGGAUGUCAUGUCAAAGAAUGUUUCUAUCUACAAGUCCCAGGCUUCUGCGCUAGAGAAGUAUGCAGCUGCUAACUGCAAGGUUUUGGUUGUUGCCAAUCCUGCAAACACCAACGCUUUGAUCUUGAAGGAAUUUGCACCAUCAAUCCCUGAGAAAAACAUAUCUUGCCUAACUAGACUGGACCAUAACAGGGCAUUAGGCCAGAUUUCAGAGAGAUUGAACGUUCAAGUUUCUGAUGUGAAAAAUGUCAUUAUCUGGGGAAACCACUCAUCAUCUCAGUAUCCUGAUGUCAACCAUGCAACUGUCAAGACACCAUCUGGAGAGAAACCCGUCCGUGAGCUUGUUGCUGAUGAUGCUUGGUUGAAUGGAGAAUUCAUUGCCACUGUUCAACAACGGGGUGCUGCAAUUAUCAAGGCCCGAAAGCUGUCCAGUGCGUUGUCAGCUGCUAGUUCUGCUUGUGACCACAUCCGGGAUUGGGUACUUGGAACCCCAGAGGGUACUUGGGUUUCCAUGGGUGUGUACUCUGAUGGCUCAUACGGUGUACCAGCUGGUCUCAUUUACUCAUUCCCUGUCACUUGUUGUAAUGGAGAUUGGAAGAUUGUUCAAGGACUUCCUAUUGAUGAGUUCUCCAGGAAGAAGAUGGAUGCAACUGCCGAUGAGCUUUCUGAGGAGAAGGCCUUGGCAUACACUUGCAUCAAUUAAUCGCUCUUGUGUACUUCUCAGUGUGGUUAUAAUUUGGCAUACACUUGCAUCGAUGUCUGUCAAAUUGAAGUAGGCUGAAGUUUUGAAAUAAUGCCAUUGUUAAGGUAGAGAGAACUGUAAUGAUGGAGAGGCUUCUUCUAUGAAUUUUACUAUUGUUUUUGCCCAUUAUAUAUGCGGAUAUUUGGACCUUUUUCUGGAUUAUAAUCGCAUAUAUGAAUGUCAGUGGGACUUGAAAAUUAUCCAUAUCUACUUGCUAGCUGAUUAUAAAU